UACAAAAUGGAAAGUGCAAGAAAAUGCCACUGAAUGACGUUCAACAUGGAAAGCAUCUCAAAAGUCACAUCGAAAAUAGCUUCACAGACAUCUCUCUGGGACAAUGCAGUGUAAAUUGCUACCUAAGUGAGGUCUGUCAAUCAGUCAACUACGACAGCACAUCAAAAACCUGCCAGACCAGUAUAUCUACUCGCCAUCAACACCCAGCGGACUUGGAGGAGAAAGCAGGAAGUGUCUAUAUUGGGUCCAAGAAUGACUGCGUCCAAGGUUCAUGCCCUGAUGACAAAAUGUGCAAAGUGGACUUCGCUGGCGGUGGCGCCUCGUGCGUUUGCCCAAUCAAAUCGGAUCCAAAUGUCUCCCCAUGUGUCAUACCAUGUGACUCUAGUCCUUGCAAGAAUGGUGGAUCUUGCACCAACAAACCAGACAACACUGGCUACACGUGCACUUGCACGAGCGAGUAUACGGGGACUGAAUGCGAAAAAAAAAGCCCCUGCAAGAAUGGCGCAACUUGCACCAACUCCGCUGAUAACUCUGGCUACAUUUGUACCUGCAGCAGUGUAUUCACUGGCAAUACAUGUGAAAUUGACAUCACAACCUGCAGUAGUACCGCUAUCGGCCUGGAAAGCAGUGCGAUCAUUCCUGACGACAGGUUUAGCGCAUCAUCCCAUUACCGUUACUGUGACGCGACGUACGGACGGCUUAAUUAUCACCGCAAGUACUGGGCACCGGAGUACAGAAGUGGUGAUCACUACCUACAAACCGACAUGAUAUCCAUACAUAUAGUUUGUGCAGUAGCUACCCAGGGUAGUGGCGAGAUUGAUGACGAGUGGACCACCAGAUACAAGCUUUCAUUUGCACUUGUAUCUGGAACAUGGAGCAUCUACCGAGAAAAUGGUGUCGAAAAGGACUUCAUAGGAAAUGUCGACAAGAGAAACGUGAAAAAGAAUUCCCUCGCCAACCCGACCAACGCAAGAUUUGUCCAGUUUAUUCCCACGGCUUACAGUAGCUGGCAGGCGUUUAGAGUGGAGGUCUACGGAACCAAGAUAUAGUUGAUGUACGAUAAUAGUGAACUUAAGCAGCGAUGGCGGCAAAGGCAAGAAACGUACACCUUUUGCUUUUCAUUACCGAGAAAUACGCUUUCAUUUAC